AUGGUGUGUUCCCUGGACUUCUCUCUGCCAAGAGACCUCUUCUUUAUCUUGCUUCUCCAAGUGUCUAUAUGGGGCUCAGAUUCCUUUUUGGUGAUUGGUCCCUCGGAGCCCAUUGUGGCCAUGCUGGGUGCAGACACGGUGCUGCCCUGCCGCGUGUCCCCAGCCAUGAGCGUGGAGAAUAUGGAGAUCCGGUGGUUCCACUCCCAGUUCUCAGAUGCUGUGUAUGUGUAUCAGAAUGGAAUGGAGCAGGCGGGAGAACAACUAGUAGAUUUCAAAGGGAGAGCAGAGUUGGUAGACUACAUCACUGAGGGAAGAGUAGCUGUGAGAAUCUACAACCUCCGGGUCUCAGACAAUGGAAUGCACAAGUGUAUUUUUUAAAAAGGAAGUGAUUUUGAAGAAGCCGUUUUGGAGCUAAAGGUGAUAAGUUUGGGUUCUGGUACUCAUAUUUUCAUGGUGGGUCCAGAAGAUGAAGGAAUAAGGCUGAAGUGCACAGGCAAGGGAUGGUUUCCCCAGCCUGAAAUACAAUGGGAAGAUGAAAAGGGAGAGAAGAUCCCAUCUCUCGCUGAGGACAAGACACAAGAUAAUGAUGGGUUGUUUCGGUUUGAGGCAUCCCUUCUUGUGAGAGACAGGUCAAAGACAGAAGUGUCCUGUUCCAUGAAGAACCCUUUCUUUGGACAAGAGCAAGUGGAAACCAUUUUUAUCCCAGAACACUUCUUCCCUAGGACCUCUCCUUGGAAGGUAGCAUUCAUUGUGACUUUGGUGAUACUUGGGGCUUUCAUUGGUGCUGUUGUGUAUUUGGCUCAAAAUGAAUGACAGAAAAAGAAGAAACUAUCAGAAGUCAAGAAGGAAAAGGAGAAAGAAAAUAAAGCCAAAGAAUCAUUUGAGAAAGAGCUUGCCAGAAGGAAGAAACUGUAUCAGCAAGAUUGGAGAAAAGCAGAGUUAUAUGCCGACUGGAGAAAGGAAUAGUUCAAAGCAGUGGUUUUUACUCUGGAUCCAGCCACAGCUCUUCCCAACCUCAUCUUAUCUGAGAGCAGAAAACAUAUUUAUUCAAAAGAGAGUGUUUCUCAGAAUGGUGAUGCCCCAACACACCAAGAGCAAGGGGAGUCUGAAGCCAUCUUCAGUGUUCUGGGCAAGAUUUUUCUUACUGUGGAGAGACAAUACUGGGAGGUAGAAGUAAAUAUUGGGACAGAAGUUGGAUCUAGAGCUAGAUGGGCUCUGGGUGUUUGCUCAGACACAGCAAAGAGAGAGGGGUGGUUUUUAGAAUGUCCAGAGAAGAAUUUCUGGGUGGUGGUAUACAAGGCAGGAGAAUUCAUAUUUCCCACCUCCCAGAGAAAGCCUCUGUCACUGAGGCAGCACUCCUGCAAGAUAGGAGUUUUCUUGGACUGGGAUGCUGGGAAUGUGUCCUUUUACAAUAUGAUCGAUGGGUCCCACAUCUAUCCUUUUACUGGAAUCACCUUCUGUGGGACCCUUCAUCCUUAUUUUAGCCUUCAGGGUGCUGGCGCAUCUUUGACCAUCUGUGCAGCUUCAGAUCACACUGAAAAUUGUCCUGAUUCUUCUCCAAAGACCUCUUUAACUCAUUUAAGUAGUUGUGAUACAAGCGUCCCCCAAGAAACUCUCUAUUACCUCCAUAAGUGA